AUGCAACCCAUUCACCACUGCUCUCAGGACCUAAUCAAGUCUCUGAGGCCAAUCUCAUUGCCCAACAUCGAGACCCACGAUUGUGGCAUUUGCUUAGAAACCUACCAAAUGACUUCCCACAAUCCCGACAACGACGAAGACGUUCCUACUGAGCAUCCAGUGCAGCUCCCAUGCUCCCACAUAGUCGGUUCCGUGUGUAUUUCCCGCUGGCUGGAAUCCCACAACACUUGUCCGUUCUGCAGAGCAAAGCUAUACGAGCUUAAAUCCCCACCCACGUCUCCAGACUCCGUAUUUCAAGAAGCAGCAGCAGCAGACUUUUUCAGAUCGGAUAACAUACGCAUGGGCGAGGUGGAGCUUUCCGGUGAUUUCCUACAGAUAUUAGAUGAUUACGAUGUCGAUGAUAUGGACAGCGAAAGCUCCACCAUAUUGCACGUCGAGGACGUCUAUGGUGGCGGUUCGAUAAGCCCAGAGCCUACAACGACAUUGUACAUACAAACCUCGACCUACUACCAACCUUCGAGCCAACCACAACAACAACUCAACUUCUCAUAUGGCAGCUACCACAGGGGCUGCGGGAAUACCUCGCCAACGGUAGAGAUAUCAAAAUGCCAAGCCUCCCUCGAGUUGGAAGAAGCAGUGUCGUGCGCGGCAAAGCAAAUGGACGAUCUGAUCGACAUGCAUGAAGAGUGGAUGGACGAAUAUAACAACAACGAAAGACCUGGCAUGUGCGAUGCUGGGUCUUAUGACGACGACGAGUGGAUGGAAGACUACAAGCACGAGUUUGGCCAUGUUGAUGCUGGGCAUUGGUUGCUUUGCUGA